UACUAAUUUUGUUCCAUUUAUUGUAUUAUUUGACUCACCCUUUAUUUAGUUGUUUAUGCUAUAAGCAGUGCUUUUUUGCUGUAGUAGUUCUGUAUAACCAGCCUGCCUUGAUUUUCUAGGGCUCAUCAAACGAGGCUCAUUAGGUUAUUUCCCUUUUUAAGGACUUUCUUUUGAUCAGCUUCUUACACCACUCCUUUUACCUUCAAUGAUCCAUUAUUUCUUUUCCAUUAUUGAAAGAGAAUCAAGAAGAUUGACCACACAAAGUCAGUGUGUAGUGUGAUCUCUUGAGCAUUAUGGAGUUGGCUUUUCAUCACUAAACCCUCUCUUCGCCUGCACACUUUUUUUUCUUUUCAAAUUUCAUUCUCUAGUGUGUGUGUGAAAUUUCAGAUGGGCUGCAUUCAAAAUUGCAUAUGCUGCCAUCAGUACAGAACUACACAUCUAAUCAUUUACUUGCUCUUUUUCUUGAUUUCAAGCUUGACCCACGGAAGAUUCAUGGCUGAAGGUAGAGCAAUUCCCAAGUUGGUUCAGACUGGCAAGAAUGAAAGUGAAGUGAAGGUGGUGGUGGUGGUAAGGGCUAUGCUGAUAGGGUCGAGGCCGCCAAGGUGUGAGAGAAGGUGCAGGUAUUGCGGCCACUGUGAGGCAAUUCAAGUCCCUGUUGCUCCCCAACUACUCGUGAAACCAGGAUACACAAGAAGACACUAUUUCUCAUCUGCACUCCCAAGUAUGGCAUAUUCAAGGGGAGAUGACAUCUCCAACUACAAGCCCAUGUGUUGGAAGUGUAAAUGCGGUGAUCUGAUUUUCAAUCCUUGAUAUAUUAAUUGGAUAUCACCAAGUUUUUGUGGGUGUAAACAGAUUUUUUGUUACUCUCUGUAAUCAUAUAUUUCAAUGAAAAUAUUGUCUGUGUUAA